CGCGAGCCGCAGGAGCCGUCGUCGUCGCCGCCGCCAUUUUGUGCGUGCGUUUCUGAGGGAGGAAAAAGAAAGGCGGUUGAUCGAGGCGAGCGGCGACUGAGGAGAAGAAGGAGGCGGCCGGCGACGACGACCUGAGGAGAAAAAUUACACACACACACACACAAAAACGACAAACGGCGAAGCGGAGGAUGAGCUAGAAGAAAGCCGGGUGGGAUCAGCAGCGGCGGCGGCCACUUAUCACCACCACCACCACUACAUCGGCGAAGAGGGGAAAAAAAAAAAGAAAAAGGCUUGCCUGGCCUUCCCUCCUCGGCGGGAGGGGGAAUCCAUCGGCCGUGUCCCCCCCGCGGCCUAUCAGGCCUGAGGCGGGCGUGUGCGCGUGAGUGUGAGUGUGUGUGUGUGUGUGGGAAGAAUGUCGGGCGGCGGCGCCGCGACGACGGCGUCCGAAGGGGCCGCCAGCGGUGGCGGCGGCGGCACCACCACCACCGGUGGCGGCAACAGCGAAGACGCCUGCCGCGACUACCAGUCGUCGCUGGAAGACCUGACGUUCAACAGCAAGCCGCACAUCAACAUGCUGACCAUCCUGGCCGAGGAGAACGUGCCCUUCGCCAAGGACAUCGUCUCGCUGAUCGAGGCGCAAAUCGCCAAGGCUCCUUCUAAUGAGAAACUUCCUGUUAUGUACCUAAUGGAUUCCAUUGUCAAGAAUGUUGGACGAGAAUAUCUUGCUGCAUUUACUAAAAACCUAGUUUCAACAUUUGUUAAUGUGUUUGAAAAGGUGGAUGAAAAUACUAGGAAAAGUUUGUUUAAAUUGCGUUCCACGUGGGAUGAAAUUUUCCCUCUGAAGAUUCUCUAUGCUCUCGAUGUUCGGGUGAAUUCAGUUGACCCUGCUUGGCCUGUUAAGCCGUUACCCCCUAAUGUGAAUACUUCUAGCAUCCACGUGAAUCCUAAGUUUUUAAGUAAAUCGCCUGAGGAACCUGCUGCACCUAGCUCUACAGUCUGUUCUCUUCCUGUGUCCUGUUCUGCUGUGUCCUCUACUCCAAUUGUUCCUGAAAUACAAAAGAACUUAACGCAAGAGCAGCUGAUAAGACAACAGCUGCUAGCAAAACAAAAACAGUUGUUAGAACUUCAACAGAAGAAAUUAGAACUUGAAUUAGAACAGACAAAAGCACAGCUGGCUGUUUCCCUCAGUGUCCAGCAAAGUGGAUCUAAUCUGGGCCAAGCACCUUUAAAACAACAUGUGCCACAGCCACCUCACAUGCCAGUUAAAGCUCCCCAUCCAGCUUGUCUGCCACCAGAGAAAAACCAUUUGUCUCCACUCCAGGAUGCCAAAAUAGCCAAUAGAGACCCUCGUCUUAACAGAACGAGUCAGCAUUCGUCUCAUUUGAAAGAUCAGACUCAUAGGAAGGACUUCCUGAUGAAUGCAGUCAGUCAGCCUGACCCGAAGACUAGCAAAACUCCACAGAGUGAAAAGCAAAAUGCCACAAAGCCAGAAAAAUUAAAACAGAACGAGAAACUGCAGAAGAAAGAAUUUGAUCAAAUGGAUGCAAAGUCAAAGUUACCCUCUCCGUUGCAAAAUAAGCUGCUUCACCCUAAAGAAACCAGGAACCAAGAAUGUGAGAAUCCCCGAGUGUCUGAAAUCAACAAGAGAGACCCCAGGUUAAAAAAACAUCUAGAGAAACCAGAUGGCAAAGAUGAUGACCCCAAAGAAAAAAGGAGAUGCAUGGAGAGGAAAGACAAAGAGGAACAUAGAUCAGUUGGUGGUAGAAAUAAAUUAAUCAAUGGCAUUGUACAAAAGCAAGAUCCCAAUACAGAAGAGUCAGAGAAGCAGAGUGGAAAACCAGGAAGGUCAAGUACUAGGAAACGGUCACGUUCUCCUAGAUCUCGGUCACCAUCUGCACAUUCUCCAAAACGAAGAGAGAGAAGGUCACCUAAAAGAAGGCUUAGGAGCCUCUCUCCAACUGGAUCUAAGAUCGGGAAAUCACGACAGUCUGGGCCCAAACAGUCGCAUCUAGAGGAUUUUGGGUCAGGAGCACGGGAUGACAGAAGCUCGAACAAGAGGAAUAUCAAGCAGGAGGCGAGAGAUUCUAGGAGGCCGAAGAAAAUCCACGAAGACCGACCCCAAGAAGGAAUGAAUCAACAUUCUUCCAAGUCAAAUUCAGAACCCAAAGAAAAUCUGGAGAAUUGGCAAGGUUCCAAAUCAAGCAAAAGGUGGAAAUCUGGCUGGGAGGAAAAUAAAAAUCCUCAACUUACUGAAGAGCAUCAAGGACUUGGUAAAUCCCCUCAUCAGAGGCACAGGGAUACUUGGGCAACUAAUAAAGGAGUUCCUUCACCUCGCACCCCAAAACAGCAACAUCGAUUAAGCGUAGAUGCUAAUUUGCAGAUACCCAAAGAACUGACCUUGGCAAACAAGAGGGAGAUACUUAAGAAGGCAAGCGAAAGUCUCACAUCUGGUGAAAUAACACAGGAUGAGUUCCUUGUCCUGUGUCAUAAGAUUCGCCAACUUUUCCAGUAUCAGGAAGGAAAGCAUAGAUCUGAGUGGGAUAAUACACCAGGUGAAAAGGGGAUGUCCAAAAAGAAGCCCUUAUUAUCCGAAUCGGAUUUAAUAUACCAUGAACACAAAGCUAAGCUAAAACGAACGCAAGUUCAACAUUCAUUUCCAAGACUCAAUAUGAUAGAUGCUGAAGAAAUAUUAGACUAUCACUUACCUGAUGGAUUUCUUUCUGGAAUGGACUGUGACCAAACAAAAAACAAAUGCAGUGCUCAGUUUGGCGAAAGAUCAAGACGACAUUCUCCUGUUGGUGGUAGCAGACCAUACUCUGAUAAUUCUCCACAUGAUGUCAGGAGAAGACACGAUGAGCCAAGUGCCUCGAAAGGUCUUCGGGAAGAGCAGAGAAUCAAUGACAUUUUCAAGCGAGCAAGAUACGAAGAUACAGAAAAACCGUUCACUGACCUUCCAGGAUCACGAUUUGGGGCCUCUGAUGGGAAGCAAAGGUUUAGUUCACUGAUUGAGGACAGAGCUCAUUUUGAAGGUUCUCCUAGACAUCCUGGCAUAAGGGCAAGUGGAGAUGGACAAUCAGGUCAUUUUGAAGGGCCAGCUAAUGCAGCUCCUAGAAUUGAAGGGCCACAAGCACAGACUAAUUUAAGGUUUGAAGGAUCUCUAGGUCAGCCAACUGCUCAGUUUGAAGGACCUCAAGGGCAAUCUGGAGGAAAAGGUUCUCACAUGUUUGAUGGGCCACCAGCACAGCUUGGGAGUGGUCCCUUAAGGUUUGAUGGACCCUCGGGGCAAGUUAGUACAGGCAGUACUAUACGAUUUGAAGGUCCGAUAGGACAACCAGGGGGAGGUUUACGAUUUGAGGGGCCUUCAGGCCAAUCUGUGGGUGGAAUGAGAUUUGAAGGGACCCAUGGUCAACCCUCGGGAGGAAUGCGAUUUGAAGGACCUCACAGUCAUACAACAGCUAGUAUUAGGUUCGAGGGACCUCAUGGCCAGUCUUCUGCUGGAAUGAGGUUUGAAGGCAUGCAUGAUCAGCCAUCAAAUAAUAUAAGAUUUGAUGGCCAGCCUUCGGGUGGAUUGAGGUUCGAAGGGCCUCAUGGCCAACCUUCAAAUGCCAUAAGAUUUGAAGGACCUCAUGACCGGCCAGUGGGACCUCAUGGUCCACCAGGAAGUGGAAUGAGAUUUGAAGGACCACAUGGACAGCCUGUAGGGCCUCAUGGCCAACAAGGAUCUGGUCUAAGAUUAGAAGCCCCACAUAUGCAACCGGUGGGGUCUCUGGGACAACCAGGAAGUAAUAUGCCAUUUGACGCGCCACAUGGACAGCCCAUUGGUCCACAUGUGCAGCCUGCGAGUGGUCUGAGAUUUGAGGGCCCUCAUGGGCAACCUGUAGGGGCGCACGGUCAACCCCUUGGCUCUAGGUUUGAGGGGCCUCACAAUCAGCCUCUGGGGCCACAUGGACAGCCCAUUGGUCCACAUGUGCAGCCUGCGAGUGGUCUGAGAUUUGAGGGCCCUCAUGGGCAACCUGUAGGGGCGCACGGUCAACCCCUUGGCUCUAGGUUUGAGGGGCCUCACAAUCAGCCUCUGGGGCCACAUGGACAGCUGGGAAUUUCUCCCAGGUUCGAGGCACCUUCAGUUCAGACUGGAGGUGGACUUAGAUUUGAAGGGCCUAUUAACCAGACAAGAUUUGAUGGCUGUCCGUCAAGAUUUGAUGGUCAGCCUGGCCAGCCAUCUAUUUUACAAAGACUGGACGGAUUACACGUACAGCCUGCUUCAAGGUUUGAAAUUGGCCCUGCUCAAACACCACCUCGAUUCGAUGGCCCACCUGGUCAGCAGGUCCAACCUCGGUUUGAUACAAUACUUCAGCGGUUUGACGAUCCUCAACAUCCAGGAACACGAUAUGACAUCCUCCUUGGUCAUCAGGGCCCAAGAAUUGAAAACGUAGCUAACCAUCCUGGCUCAAGAUUAGAGACGGCACCAUAUGGACAAACCGGCCCUUACAGUGAAACUCCCAACCAGUCACCUUAUAACGGGGCAUCACAAGGACUGCAGUUCCAGAGACCUGACCAAAUAUUUGAUAAUCCCCAAGGACCAAACUUCAGUGGCCCACCUGUUUCUGCAGCACAGCACUUUCCUAAUGCAAUUAACAGGGCCCCAGGACCUUUUUAUGACGACAAAAAUCUUCAGGGCCCUCAGUUCAGAAAUUUUAAUAAUAUGACAGUUGGUAACGUUCAGCCGCCACAGCAGGUACCUGUUCUGCCAGUAUCUUCUGGCCAGCCUUUCAGUCAAGGGCAGCCACUAUUGCCAGUCCAUGCACAAAACCCUGGAGGUUUUGUUCAAAAUCAGCCAGGAAACAUCCCACUUUCCUACCCUGAUAAUCACCUUGGACAACUUGAUGUGAAUGAGUUAUUUUCAAAACUACUCUCUACAGGAAUCCUUAAAUCAUUACAGCCCGAUUCAUCUUCAUCCCAAGUCAGUGAAGUUUCAACUCAACCACCUCCAGAGGAAGAAGAGGAUGAUCAAGAUCAGAAUGAGGAUAUUCCAGACCUAACUAAUUUUGUGAUAGAAGAACUAAAACAACGUUACGAUAGCGUUAUAAACAGGCUCUACACUGGCAUUCAGUGUUACUCUUGCGGAAUGAGGUUUACAACUUCCCAGACAGAUGUGUAUGCAGACCAUCUGGAUUGGCACUAUCGCCAGAACCGUACAGAAAAGGAUGUUAGCAGGAAAAUCACUCACAGAAGAUGGUACUACAGUUUAACAGAUUGGAUAGAGUUUGAAGAAAUAGCCGAUUUAGAGGAGCGUGCAAAGAGCCAGUUCUUUGAAAAAGUACAUGAAGAAGUUGUAUUAAAAACUCAAGAAGCUGCUAAGGAGAAGGAGUUUCAGAGUGUCCCUGCAGGCCCAGCUGGAGUGGAUGAGAGCUGUGAAAUCUGCCAGGAGCAGUUCGAGCAAUAUUGGGAUGAGGAAGAGGAGGAAUGGCACUUAAAAAAUGCAAUUCGUGUAGAGGAGAAGAUCUACCAUCCAUCGUGUUACGAAGAUUAUCAAAAGACUUCAUCAUUUGAUUCCACCCCAUCUCCAAGCAAGACUCCUGUGGAGAACCCACUAAAUAUUAUGUUGAAUAUUGUCAAACAAGAGGGACAGGACUCAUGUAACAGCCCCAAAGUUAAAGAAGAACCGGAAGAAAAAGCUACGGAUUGCACAGAUGGGAAUAUACCUGAAUCUGCUGAAAUUAAAACAGAGCCUCUAAAGGUUGAAUCAGUUUAAACUGUGGUUUUUUUUUUUUAAUUACAGAGAAAUGCUUAUUGUUGUCCUACUGACUCGAAUGCAAAUAAUUUUUAUAUGAAUAAAAUGUUUGCCUGGGGCAGGGCCCCAGCUACUGACUUGGUUAAUAAAUACAUUUUUGUAUUUGAAUUUCUUAUUGCCUGCACCGUGUCAGGUGUCUAUCGUGUGGAAGUUCUGUAGAUGGCGUACAAAUUUAACAGGAAUAAGACUGUAUAUGUAAGAGAAAAAAUGUACAUUUUUUUUUUCAUUUGUGGAAAAUGUAAAUUAUAAAUAAAAAAUAUUUUUGCUAUCUACGGAGUGUAAUGUUUAUGCACACCAUCUAAUUAAACAACACCGCCACACUUAACCUUGGGGGUGUUUUAAAGGCAACAGAACUCCUGCUCCCUCACACAAGGCUUGUGCUCGACUAGGAUUCUUGCAGACAUAACAAGGAAGAGUCUUUUGCUGUAAAAUUUGAUAAGGAGAAAAUUACUGUCCGAAGAAAGUUCUUUUGCAAACCUUGAAUUGCUUUCCUUAAGCAUUCACAUUAGGCAUUUAAAAAGAAAAGUAGGUUGACCUAACAAAUAUAACAUAGUUCCCUUUGGAUACUUACCCACACCUUACAUCCGAGCUUAGAUUCUCAUAAUUGCAACUUCUCCGUACACAAAAAGCUUAGUGCUUCCUUCCUUUUUUUUUUUUUUCAUCAUUUUAGAGGAACAAAUGUAAGAUUGCUCAUUUGCAACAUGGUUAAACUUCUUUUUUUUGGUUGGGUUUAUUGGAUCUAAAUAAUAGAAGAGAUUACCAAGAAAUGUUAAUAUUUAUUUCGUGUAAUAAAUUAGAAUGGAAGCAUAUA